GAAAUACAUUUAUCUCUCUUUCUACCAAGUCUCAAUCCUUAAAUCUGUUUAGUUUUGCAAAUAAAGUAAACAAGUUUUUAUAUAAUCUAAGUAAACUGAGUUUUUUCGUUUUUACGAAGUGGCGGUUCAAAAGAUGUCACUUCGUGAAAACUAAUGUGACAGCGACCUCUCGCGUAAAGGUUUUCACGAAGUGACGUGACAAGCUCGAUCUCAGGUGCGCUUGUGUGGUAUACCAUGCUUCGCUUUCAACAAUGAGUACGAUGUUGUUCUGUUUACGCGACGGACAAAAUGGCAGCCUCCAUAACAGGGUUCCACAGAUUGCCGUGAUUUUUAUCAGUUGUGCAUUGUCAGGAUGAAUAAAAAGGGAACCAAGAAACGUUUGGAUGUGCUUGUGCAAUGGGAUCAUGACUCCACCAAAAAUGUUGUCGACUUAAGUGACUUGUCAUGUGAUGGUCAUCUGGGAGUAUCAUCAAGGGUUGUCAUGAUGUGGGAGGGAACACCUUGGUCUGGAAAAGUUCUAGAUAUUGAUGAAGAUGAACUUUUUGAUGCAGAUGACGACACUCCCUUGGCUUUUUACAAAUCAGGUAAAGUUGGAUGUGCAAGUUCAAAGGCAGCACCUAAUUCACAGAUGGAAAAUGACAUACCAAUUAUCCGUUGUGCUGCAACUACGGCUCAAGUGACACCGGCCAGUGGGACUCCAACGGCAUGUAGUCCACAGAUUGCAUCUACGCCUCAAGGUGCACUUAGUUCUUUGACACCAUGCAGCCUGAAGACGGCAUGCAGUCCUAUGACUGCGCUAAGUUCCCAGACUGCAGCUGUGCCUCAAGUGCCACUGGCCAGUAGCACGCCUACUGCAUGUAGUCCGCAAAAUGCAGCCGUGCCACUGGCCAGUAGCACGCCUACUGCAUGUAGUCCGCAAAAUGCAGCCGUGCCACUGGCCAGUAGCACGCCUACUGCAUGUAGUCCGCAAAAUGCAGCCGUGCCACUGGCCAGUAGCACGCCUACUGCAUGUAGUCCGCAAAAUGCAGCCGUGCCACUGGCCAGUAGCACGCCUACUGCAUGUAGUCCGCAAAAUGCAGCCGUGCCACUGGCCAGUAGCACGCCUACUGCAUGUAGUACGCAAAAUGCAGCCGUGCCACUGGCCAGUAGCACGCCAACUGCAUGUAGUACGCAAAAUGCAGCCGUGCCACUGGCCAGUAGCACGCCUACUGCAUGUAGUACGCAAAAUGCAGCCGUGCCACUGGCCAGUAGCACGCCCACUGCAUGUAGUCCGCAAAAUGCAGCCGUGCCACUGGCCAGUAGCACGCCUACUGCAUGUAGUCUGCAAAAUGCAGCCGUGCCACUGGCCAGUAGCACGCCUACUGCAUGUAGUCCGCAAAAUGCAGCCGUGCCACUGGCCAGUAGCACGCCUACUGCAUUUAGUCCGCAAAAUGCAGCCGUGCCACUGGCCAGUAGCACGCCUACUGCAUGUAGUCCGCAAAAUGCAGCCGUGCCACUGGCCAGUAGCACGCCUACUGCAUGUAGUCCGCAAAAUGCAGCGGUGCCUCCAGUGACAUUUAGUUCUUCAACACCAUGCAGCCUGAAGUCAGCAUGCAGUCCUAGGUCUGUACUAAGUUCCCAGAUUGCAUCACUUCCUCACACUAGUUCAGGGUUACUAAUGUGUCCACCUUUGCGCUCCCACUCAGUUUCUCGUCUCCGGCCAGAAGCUUCAUUCACUGCACCAAUGCUUAGUCAACAGCCAAUGUCUUGCGACAAUUUCUUUUGUGAAAAGGAAGUCUUUUCGACAUGCAAUACAUGUCUGUGUUUGCUAUGCUAUGAUCAUUUUUUGCUGAGUGAUGUCUGUAGUUCGCACAAUGUUUUCUUUAAUGCUGUACAGGUUGAUGCCGAUUUGUCUAACCUUGAUUUAGCAAGUCUACCCAUAGGUAGUUCUAGAAACAUUGAAGUUAACAAUGCCAGCAUGCCAGAAUCUAGCCAGGUAAGUUGUUCAAGUGGGAAUAUGUUUCCCGAAGAAGAAAGUGCUAACACAGACAACGUAAGUAAUGUUACAGAUAUACAUUUGCCAACAAGAUCUGUAAGUGCAUUUCCUGAUCAUGGUACACAGAAGUUAUCAGAUUGUGCCCCAGUUGGUAAUACAGGUAAGUCAAAUGAAGGACAAUCUCAAACACCAUCUACCAGUGUCAACUUGAAUGAAGGAAACUUAUUUCCCAGUGACUUUCCAGUUGAUGGCGAGGCAAUGCCAUUCUCUUCCAAAACAACAAAACCUAUCAAAAGCAAAAACUUUCUGGUGAAAUAUAAAAGGAAUCGUGGUGAAAGUUACCGUUCAGAAAAAAGUGAUUGUGAAGUGUCUGCAAGGAGGGAAAGUAAUAUUGCCAGCACUUGUGAAUUUUGUCCAAUUCGAAAAUUGGAUUGCCAUAAGAUUUCAGAUGAAGACUGCAAACAUAUUCGAAACACUUACUUUGAUCUUGGUAGCCUGCAGGCGCAAAGAGAAUGGCUUAGUCGCCAUAUAGAGGCCAAGGAGGGAGUAACAAAAUGCUCUUACUUUCUGCCCUAUUCUGAUCGAAAUGUUGGGAAAAGGAUGGUGUGCAAAUCUAAGUUUUUAACUACUUUGGGUAUAUCUGAACGCCAGGUUCGCACUGUGAUUCAAAAACGAAAGUCAUGUGGAGUACUUGAAGGUGAAAAAAGAGGUAAGAGGCAACGAAAAGAACACGAUCAAGCUAUCACAGAUGAGGUAACUCAACAUAUUAAUCUUUUCCCACGUAUGGAGUCCCACUACUGCAGAUCAAACAGCAAGUGCCAUUACCUUUCUUCAGAUCUGAAUAUACCAACCAUGUACAGAAUGUACCGAGAAACUCAUCCAGAAGGUGCUUCCCUCUCCUUCUAUAAGACUGUUUUCAAGUCUCUAAACUUGAAAUUCCAUCAUCCGAAAAAAGACCUCUGUGGUCUUUGUGACUCCUAUCGGCAUGGUGAUCCUCAACAGAAAGGCAAGCUUGAGGAAGCUUAUACAAGGCACACAAAGGAAAAAGAAAAGGUGCGAGAGCUGAAGACAAAGGCUAAAGAAAGAGCAUCAAAAUCAAAAGACUACUGUGCUGCCGUUUUCGACUUGCAGCAGGUCAUUUAUGUACCUCAAUCUUGUAGAUCAGAGCUAUUCUACAAGAGGCGUUUGGCAUGUUAUAACUUUACGGUGUACGAUCUAGCAAGUAGAGAUGGGUAUUGUUUUUUGGCUCAUGAAGGCCAAACAAGAAGAGGAUCUUGUGAAAUUGCCUCCCAUUUGAAUGCAUUCUUGCAGAAAAUGGACAAUCUUGGUUUCAAAGAAAUGGGUUUGUUUUCAGACGGAUGCUGUGGUCAAAACAAAAACUCAAUAAUUCCUACAAUGAUGCUUGAGUUUGUUCAGCAGUCUAAGUCACUCAGAUCAAUAACACUACAUUUCUUCGAGACAGGUCAUGGCCAGAGUGAGGGAGAUUCCAUGCACAGUGUCAUUGAGAAGGCUCUUAAGCAGACUGGGGAUAUUGGUGUACCUGCUCAACUUGUUCCUAUUUGCCAAAUGGCCAGAAAGAAUCCCACACCAUAUAAAGUCAUACAGGUCCAAGCCAAAGACAUAACUGACUGGAAGACAUUCAGUCAGAGGAAAGGUGUGUUGAAGGUACGUACAUCGGAAGAAGGAAUCAAAGUUGAGUGGCCAAAGUUCAUGCAGCUUAAUGUUGAAAAAGCUGAUCCUGAUAUCAUCAGAUUUAAAUUUUCCCAUGCAGACCACCAGUUUGCUACUCUGAACAUAAGCAAUGCACGCAGAAGUGUGGAAGAUGAAACAAUCACCCCGCAGCUUCUCUAUUCAUCUGGGCCGCCAAAAAUAUCACAAGGCAAGUAUGACGAUCUCAAGAGUCUCUGCACAGGUAACACGCCAGUAAUUUCUCAUGCAGAUAACGUUGCAUUUUAUCUCCAGCUUCACCACUGAAAGCUCUUUCAUUUCCUAUGAUGCUCAUUCAGCAUCAAUUAUUUUCUGCAUUCUAAUGGAAAGUGUUCAUGCUUGUCUGAAAGACAAGGUAACCUCAUCUUUAUAACUCAGCUGCCAAUAAAAGGUGUUUUUUUUCUUGCUCAGAAGGCCAGUCAUAACGAAACAAUGUUUUUGCUGUUCAACAGGUAAGUCUGUCUGAAGAAAACAUUUAAGAAACAGUUAGCCGCUGUAUUACACACACAUAGCAACUUUGUGCUUAAUUUUAAUCAGAGAAGUUCUGCAGGAAGUAUAUAAGCUGUUCGAUGGAUAUUUGAAUAUUUUGGCUGUUCACCAGGUAAGUCUGAAGAAAAAAUUGAAAGAAUAUUCUAAAUUUUACACAAUGAAACAUAAGAAAUUGUUACUAUCAUGUUGCAAGAUGUUGGCUGUUGGUUAGCGUUUUAAAAAUUGUAGAUCUUUAUGAAAAUGAUUUAUUGUUGGCAUUAUUUUAGCAAACCGGGUGUAUGUGAAGCAGGAUUUUCCGGAAAUAUUAGCUACUUUAUUGUUCGCAGAUUCAACCAUUGUUGAGAUGACAUGAGAUGGAUGAGAGUACUUUAUUCAUUUGCGUAAUCAUUUCGAAUGGGUUGUGACAACUGAUCACAUGGCAACUAUUUAGUUAUUUGGAAACAAGGUUGUUAAUGUUGACAUUAUACCUUAGCCUAAGCAGUUUGUACUCAUUUAAUGAUUUUACGAUUUGUACAGAUUACAGAAAAUAAUUUAUCAAAGUGGUUAACAGGGGAAAACAAGAAUCAAAUGUGCAUAUACCAUGAUUGCGUCAACUGAACCAGUGUCAUAUGGCUUUUAAAAUGUAUAUAAAAUAACUCGUAUUUUCAAGAUACAUUACUCAUCUAAUUUUGUUUCACCUUUAACCAUCCUAAAUACCAGGUCUUCAAAUUGAAUUCAUUUGCAUUUCUGAUUAUAAUGUCAACCCACCAAUGUGAUCUGCUAAAGUACAAGUAAAACCUGCAAUAACAUGAAAUAAUGUUUUUUUUAACAAACAUUCACUUAAAAAGGUGAAGCAAAACAAGUACAAUUUUAUUUUUGUCGAAAAUGGCUUUGUCAAGAAAAUGUUUACUCAAUAGGGUAGGUUUAUCAAUUAAACAUCUGAAGACCUCGUCGUACAUAAUAAUUUAUUUGAUACUUUUAUUUAACAACUCAAAUGAAUUUAUAUUUAAAGGCAGGAUAUACUUUUGGUAAUUGUCAAAGACCAUUUUCUCCCUUGGUGUAUCCUUCAUGCCUGAAGCCUUUCUCAGAUUCAAACUUUGGGGUGAAAAAUUACCUCUUUCUCUAAAACUACAUUACUUCAAAGGGGGCCUUUUCUUACAAUGUUUUUUAAUAUCAACAGCUCUCCAGUGCUCUUUACCAAGUAAGUUGCCAUGAUCAUUAACUUGUGGAGUAGUUACCAAACGUACACCCUGCCUUUAAAAGAAAUUGUAACUGAAUGAAUUUUGUUUUUACACUGCUUAUGAAAUCUAGAUUUUAAAUAAUUUUUAUUAUUAAAAUCUGCUGAUAAAAAACACUGAUAAUCUUCAAAAUAUUUUGCAUUACAUCAUAUCACUGCAAUGUCUCACUAAUGAAUUGUUUAAAAAAAAAAAAACUUAAACCAUUUUGGAGCUUGUGAUUUACAUGAAUUUGUUGUUAUUGAAAUUUAGAAAACGAAAUUGUUAACAAAUUCAUUAAAAAAAGAGAGGUGAAAAUACUUGCUUCGACUCUUCUUUGUUUUACACCCCCACCCCAUGGUUGUUUCUGUGUAUUGUGUUUAUGAAGUGUAGUCGUUUUUUUAAUGAUACCCCGGCAGUUCACAUGA